AGGAAGCUGAAGAUAGCAGACACUUCAUAUCUGCCAUGCCAGGAAGGCUGGGGAUGCAUACCACCUCAGAAACAUUUGGACAUAGCAAGUAUGGUAUCCUGAACAUGAAUUGGACAACCAAUGUUCCUGUACCUCUGUCAAACUUUCGCUACCAGCAGUGGCGUAAACGUCAGCAGCCAAAGAAACACCUGGAAGCAGUCAUACGGGCUCCACCUACCUCCUCUUCUUCUGUGACGCGUUUUCCCCAGCUAGUCAAACUGCAUGAGCUGAAGCUGAUAGAGAGUGCCAAGUCUGCAGCAGAACAAGAAAUACCGAAAGUUACCUAUAGAUGGGAGUCUCCCCUCCCUCCUCCUCCAGGUAGACGCUCCAGGCUGGGAGAUGCAGACACUGCUAAGCAACACAACCACUACUGUGAAUAUUAUAAUCUAGCCAAAAAGAAGAUGCACCAUUUUACUUCGAUUACACGUUAUCUACACAAUAAGCAGUUAACUGCUAACACCACACAAUUCCUGCGAGGUGGGUGCGGACAGGAGUAGGUCAGCAGGAAUGUUUUGCAUGCUCACCACGCUCUGACCUAGGCUGCUAUAAUGUAGAGCUUAGAAUGAACCUUGUCAAUAACCCUAAAAUAUUUUUAAACAGUUGAUUUCACAUAACAUGUGACACCUUAUUACUGGAAUGAUUGUUUAUCUCAAGCAUGUCUGGUGAAAAGGAUUUAAACUGAUUCAGAAACAAAAUUUUUGAUCCUGGUGUCUUUGUAAUGCAGAUUCAUCUAAUACUGUACAUAUCUCCUCCUGCAAGAGGAAAGUUUCUCUUGUUGAAGAUCAAUUUGGUUUAGCUGCUUUGACCAACAAUCAAAAGUUAAUUCCAUAAUAAUGAAAACCGUUUCUUUUUUAACCAAAGAUUUUACCAUCCAAGUAUUUGCAGAAAUUUCAUCAAUGGUUUAAGUUUUGAUUUGAUCCUUGGCCUUUAAUUAUAGCUAAUUUCACUUAUGGUUCUUAGAAAAAUAACUCCUGCAUAUGUAGAAAUCCUAGAUGGUUAUAAAAGUUGCAUGUGGUGUUCAUUUCCUUGGGCAGGGCACUGGAUGAGCUAUAACUGAACAUAUGAGUCAUUGUUGUCUGCUUUGAAAAGGUUGCAUGGUGCUUGUCUAGUAUACCACUCUGCCUAGUUUUAUACCAAUUCACCUAGUUGUAUACCUUUGCCUUCUGUUGGUCAUUAAAAAAUAGUUAAUAAAUUAAUUAGAAAAAAAAACAAUAAAAGCUUAAAAAGGUAAAUAUUUAAAUUGUUGACAGAAAAGUCAGUGAUGUAAAUAAGGGUGCUACAAAUGUUGAGCAGCUGAUGUCACCAUGACUAAACUAAUUUAUGACAUUUGCUAAUGACAAAAUAGGAAAUGAAUAUAUAAAAAUUUCUUCAAAUAUUUCACAAUGAUGGCUUACACAUUGAAAAUUGCAUAUGGUAUAUUUUAAUUAAUAAUUAAUUAAAAUCAAUAAAACAUCAUCCGAUCCUAAUCCUUCUGUAUAAUGGCAUAAAAGUAUAUGUCAUUGAAAGAGAGAUUAGGUUUUAGAAUAGCUGAAUGGAUAAAUUUUGGGGAUCUCGUGUAUCCAUAUCCUUUUGCAUGGGUUUUGAC